AUGACUCUAAUUGAAAACUACCUCAAUGCUGUUGCAAGCUUUCUCCGAAUUAGAGAUGGAUCCCAACUUCAAAAGCUCUUUCAGGUAGAGCCCCCCCUACCCUUUGAAUUUAGCCAGCUUUCUAUCGAAACAAAAAAUCGAUUUCCCAAGGAAAAUCCGGACAGCCUUGAUGGGUCAAACGAGAAGAUAGAUCGACUCAUCGAAAAGCUAGUCCCCAUAUCAGAAGAGGAAUUCAUAGAUAGUAAUGAAGUUGGAUCCGCAUGGCCGGCAUUUCAGAUUCUUGUCCGUGAAUAUUUGAAGUUUUGGAGAGAUGUAGAUUUCAGUGAUCCAUUGACAACCCACACACUUCUAAGUGAAGUGACCUACGCAUGCAUUACAUCUUUGUCGCAUCCCUCCCACGGAAGUGUCCUUCUUCCAGCAGCUGUAUAUCUGUGCUCUUGUUUGGCAAAGUUGACUAUGAUGCUUGAUAAGAGACCUGAUUUAACGGCAAGGAUACGAAAGUUUGCUGAUGAGGGAGAGAGAAAAACGCUGGUCGAGAGCACUGCGGAAACUAUACAGAGAGCGUUUACGAUAUGCCUGACUGAACGGACGACGAAUAGAAAUGGCAUUGCCCGUGAAGGUGGACCCGAAUCCAAGAAGGUAGAAAUAUAUAAAUUUGCCAACAUGGUCCUUCGGCUUUUAUACCAAUGCCGAAAGCCACGCCUGGCUAGCCAAAUAUUUACCAACAUAUUACAAAACUCUCCACCACUUGGAAUUUACCCAGCCUGUCAGCGUGUAACUUAUCUAUAUUUUCUCGGUCGGUACCAUUUCACGACAAAUCACUUUUAUCAUGCUCAGUGCUGUCUUGAAGCUGCAUAUAGCCAAUGUCCCAAUAAAUUUAUCAAACACCGCCGGCUUAUCAUGAUACAUCUCGUCUCCGCAAACAUAAUAUUGGGUCGCUUCCCUUCAAAGGAACUAUUUUCCCGUCCCGAAACAGCCGAUAUUCUUGCCAAGUUCUUGCCCUUGGUCAAAGCAAUUCGAACUGGUGACAUGAUACUGUUCAAAAAAGCUCUAGGACCGGAAUCGGGGAAUCAGAGGUGGUUUUUUGAAAAAGGCAUCCUACUUCCUUUACUUGGACGCUGCGAGAUGCUGGUAUGGCGAUCACUCGCAAGAAAAGUAUUUCUUCUCACAUAUCACUUUCCUCUGGAUCCAAACUCACGAAAGGCGCCGACGCUGGACGUUCAAGAUAUGGUUACAGCCGCGCAAUACUGUCAGAAAGUUCUUGAAGGCUGGAAGAUGCCCAUCGAUAACAUCGCCGUAGCACAAUCUGGUCGUCUGCACCCUAACACCUUGUUUAACAAGCCGCUUCAUCUAACCCCACCACCCGAGGGCCCAAGGAAACUAGGGGCCCAAGAGGGCUUAAUAUACGGAAAUAUAAUGCCAGAUUAUAUGCAUAUAGAAGCCAUAAUUGCAAGUUUAGUACAACAAGGCUUAAUUUAUGGGUUUCUUAGUCAUAGCCAGGGGAAAUUCGCUAUUAUUGGAUCGAAGCAGAGAGGAGGUCCGGCAGAACAAGAAGGAAAAGACUCAGAAAUCCCAGGUUGGGUACAACAACGAACUAUAGGAGCUGGCGGUGUGAUUAAUCUAAGUGGCGCUAGGCUCGCUGGUGCCGACUAA